AAGACGAAGAAGAGUUCCAAAUCGAAAACCCAACCAAAUGAUGGACAACAGCGAUCCUCAACAGCAUCCACAGCUUUCGCUGAGUGGUCUGCCUCCACUGCCAAAAAGUCUGAGCUCUGCCGCCGCCGCAGCUGCUGUAGCCACCGCCCCACAUCAACAGCACCACACAUCUACAUCCCACUUGGCCUCGCCGGCGGCGAGUGUGGCCGCUUUAAGUGCCGCCGCUGGGGAACUCUAUUUGGGUCCCUCCACAUCGGCGGCAGCGGCCAGGAAUCGCAGCUACAACGGUCAUCAUAGUCAGCGUCAUGGCAGCCUCUCCUCCACCCAGGAGUCGCUCAGCGAUAGGGAGUCGGUGCACAGUCGCGCCUCCUCCACACACAGUGCGGGUCCGGGUGUGGCAUCCGGAAGUCAACAGCACACGCCCACCAACAGCUCGAGCAGCACCGGCGCCUCCUCGUCGACGAUCGACAACCAAUUGGCCAUACUCCGGCGCGAAAUGUACGGCCUGAGGCAGUUGGACUUGUCGCUGCUGUCGCAGUUGUGGGCCUUGAACGAGUCGAUACAGGGAUUUCGGGUAUUUCUGCAGGAGCAGGAUGCCAUGUCGCCGCCUUCGCGAUCGCGUACGCCCUCCGAUGCCAACUCAUUGUCCUCGGACGAGGAUGAUGGCUCCUACGCGCCUGUGGUGGGCCCGAAGCUGACGGAUCCGCCGGUGCCCAGGGCCAUGGCCUCGCCUGCGGCAAGUGGGGGGCUGCCCACCAAGCUGGCCACGGGAUCGACCACAUCCCAUGCAUCAACCAGCUCGACAUCGGGGACAUCAGGCUCCUCGUCGGCUGCUUCAUCGAUGGGCAAGCAUCAGCAGUUGCAGCAACAGCAGCAACAGCAGGCGACGUCCCACUAUCAUCAAAGGCCGGCACCACCACCCGCACCACCUGCACAGCACAAGGCGCAUCCUCAGCUGCCACGCAUCCUGCAGCAACGCAUGAGGCAGGCACCGCCACCACCACCACCGACAAGAGUCAAAGGUAGUGGAGGAGGUGGUGGUGGGGCGAGCAGCAGUAGCAGCAAUCACAGCAUUAGCAGCGUCACCCAACAUCAUGCCCAUCCACAUCCACACGCCCAUCCUCAUCCACACGCUCAUCACUCGCGGCCAGUAUGACAAAACCCGUUCUUGGACUAAACUGGAGUCCAAGAACACAACCGAAAGGCCGAUGAUGCAUACAUUUCGCAAAAAAGGGUCAAUUAGACGGAUGAAAAUAUCUUCAAGAGUCAAUUCAAAAUCCAAAAAGUAAAGGAACCCCACACACCACACACACACACACAGCUUGCCAUUGCUCCUCCUACUCCUCCAUUUCGUUUUUGAUAUUAUAGCGAAACAAAAGGAAAAACAAAAGGAAAACCCAGAAGAAGAAUCAAAUAAACAAACAAAAUAAAAAUGUUUACAAAUGAAGCGCGAGAACUUUUCAAACGUUUAAUAUUAAACAGAAAUUGUAUUCAAUAAUAAUCUCUAAGUAGUAAAGGAUAAGAUCCUUAAUAUACAUCUAUUGUAUUACUCGAUUUGUAUAAACCUAAACGUAACGCUUAACGCAAAAGAAAUGAAAAAAACAAAGAAUUUCCCGCAUCGAAUUCAUAGGAUCCUAGAACUGCUAUUUAUUUGUGUUUUUUGUUCGAUUGCCUACAAAAUACUAGCUAAAAAACUAAAACAAACAAAAAAACAAAUCGUUCCAAUUCCAAUUAGCACUAACCAAAACUAAACUCUUGGCCUAAAUAUUUAUAUAGAGACGCGCGUGGAUCUAUGAUUAUCUAUGAUAUGAUUUGAUAGCCCCUCCCCCCUGUCCCACUGUUAAUUCUUAACGAUUAUACAUAUAAUAUAGUAUAUAUUGUAUCUGUAUCUCAAGCAAAAAAAGAAAAGAAAAUACCUAGCUGAUCUUACUGUUAGUCCAAUAAUCCUAUCAUUAGAACACCCAACAAACAUCCAAGGCAUUUAUAUGUAAAGCUCAAGUAUUGGAGCCCAUUCUCCGAGCAUUUGUACAGUGCGUUAUGCGUCUAUAAAGGCAGUUUCAUUUACAUACUCUAUCAUAUCACCUAUC